AAGAUGUUGACAGGUGUCAGUUGUUGACUGUUGUUAUGUUUUGUUUUUGUUUGGAGUUUGGACUAUUUUUGACAAAACAAAAAUCCGCCCAAAAAGAUUUGAGAUAAGCCAUAAAAAAGUGCCAAAAGCUUUCUUAAUUGAACUUAUUAUUAGAAGAGCUUUCUCCGCUACGGGUUACGGUGUCACCGCCUUAUAAAUGACUUCUGAAAAGGAUCCACUAGCUAGUGAGAGAUCUGGAACCGUGAGGGAAGUCGGAAACCAUGCAAUUUGGAGUUUAUCUUCUUGCAAACCAGGCUUUGGUAUUGAUCAAUUACGAGAUGAUUGUAUGGACACUUAUUGGCAAUCAGAUGGCCAGUUACCUCACUUAGUCAAUAUUCAAUUUCAAAGAAAAACUAUGGUUUCGCAUAUUUACAUUUAUACUGAUUAUAAGUUGGAUGAGAGUUACACUCCUAGUAGAAUAUCUAUAAGAGCUGGAACACAUUUUAAUGACUUACAGGAGAUAGAAGUGAUUGAAUUAAUCGAACCCAGUGGCUGGGAAAUGAUACCAAUUAAGGAUAUUCAUGAUAGACCUAUCAGAACUUACAUGAUACAAAUAGCUGUAUUGAGCAAUCAUCAGAAUGGAAGAGACACACAUAUGAGACAAAUAAAAAUACACUCCCCAUGUGAACCAACUUCAUUCGAUAUUAACAAGUUUAGAAAUUUUUCAACUGUACAAUUUCAGCAGUAUGCCACAAUUCGAUAAUUUUCACUUACAAUUAUUAAUUAAUUAAUUAAUUACUAUAUAUGUACAUUAAAUUUAUAGUACACAACUGCAGCCAAUAGGGCAGUUAUGGCAGUUGUGAACUACAAAUUUUAACUUUGAUUCAAACAAUGCACUUAUCACAACCUGGGAGGGUCCAAAUAGGCUGAUACUCUAAAGUCUAAGUUAAAACAUAAAGUUAUGGCAACAGUACCAUAAUUAUUAUUUUAAAUUCAGCCAA